AUGUCCGAGGUUGGUAUCGUAUCUCUCACCUUCCGUCGUGUCUUCUCAACUUUCGGUCAUGACGAUAUCAUCGAUGAUUUCUUGGAUAAUGAGGGGUUGGACAGUAAGUUUUCAAUCGAGUCAUUAACAAACUACUACGACUCGAGGCCCAACUCAUGUCUAGAGGAUCUCUUAAUUCAUGUCAGUACCAAAGGUGCCAAGAUUUUAGGUUUAGAGUACACAGUAUUUAUGGAGAGGUUCGGAGAGGAGUUUUUCUGUCUGUGUUUCGAGCAAUAUGGCACAUUUCUACAAGCUUUAGGCGGGUCCCUAGUCGAAUUCUAUAGCAACAUUGAUGGCCUUCAGCAACACAUCACAUCAUUAAAGCUUACCAGUAAUCACAAGGCACCAUCGUUUCGCUGCUCCACGAGGGACGAUGACCGACACAUUCUACUUCAUAUGUACACAGAGAGCACAUGCAUCUCGCAAAGCAUGGCGGGACAGAUCAAAAUGGCGUCCAUUCUUUUGUUCAAUUCUUUCGUCGACGUUCAAAUGGGUGAACGUGUUGGGAACCAUUCGGUGUACAUAAUCCAACCACUCCUGGAUGAAACCCAUCCAAACUGUGAUAAGGACAGACUAGGACAUCCUGUCCAGUCCAUUACAAACAUGUCAACCAGGAGAAAAGACGCCAAACUUUCGGUAGAUACCUUUACCUCAGCCUUUCCCUUCCAUGUCAUGUUCAACAGACAGCUGUUGAUAAAGCAACUUGGUGAUACCAUUAUGAGGAUGAUGGCUACAGCUUUGGCAGCCGAUGGACUCAAUUUUAGCUCUUACUUCAAGGUGCUGUCUCCACCAUUGGAAAAGGUCACAUUUGAGAGUAUUCUUGCAAACAUUAAUCUGUGUUAUGUAAUCACUACCACGUGUGUUCUGUCAGGACUCUCCAGCACGGAAAGCAAGUAUUCGGCGAUAGAGGUAACAGGUCAGAUGAUCUAUGUCCCCGAGAGUGACUGCAUCUUGUUCCUUGGCUCACCAAGGGUUGGUAAGCUGGAGGAGUUGACUGGACGAGGUCUUUACCUCGCUGAUAUCCCUAUCCACGAUGCUACCAGAGAUCUGAUCCUGGUAGGAGAGGAAAGCAGGGCUCAAGAUGGUCUCAAGCAGAGGAUGGACAAGCUCAAAUCACAGGUGGAGGAAGCGAGUGGUAACCUCGACUCAGAGAGACAGAAGAACGUCGAUCUUCUCAAUCUUAUCUUCCCCGAGGCUGUGGCCAAGAAACUUUGGAGGGGUGAACCCGUACCGGCUCAGACUGUCGAAGGUGUGUCCAUGUUGUUCUCUGAUAUCGUGGGCUUCACUGCUAUCUGCUCAACCGCUACACCCUUCAUGGUGGUGAACAUGCUCAAUUCUCUCUACACUGAGUUUGAUUCUUUCUGCGGAAUCCUUGAUGUCUAUAAGGUGGAAACGAUUGGUGACGCGUACUGCGUUGCCUCAGGACUUCACAAAUCUUCCAACACGCACGCGCAAUUAGCUGCAAAGAUGGCGAUUAAAAUGAUGGAGGCUGCAGCGGCUGUAAAGUCACAUCAGGGAAACGCACUCAGGAUGCGUAUUGGACUGCACACAGGAGAGAUUGUGGCGGGAAUUGUCGGUCAGAAAAUGCCCAGGUAUUGUCUGUUUGGUAACAAUGUCACCCUAGCUAACAAGAUGGAAUCGCAUAGUGAAGCACUCAAAAUCAACGUUAGUCCUACUACACACGUCCUUCUGGUUGAAUGUGGUAGUUAUCACUUUGAAGAGCGCUCUCGGGAAACUCUUCCCGCCGCCUUUCCAGCCACCAUCCUAGGCAAUCCUUUCUUUCUCUAUGGCUACGAUACUAAUCCUGAAGAACCCGUCGAUGCAGAACUCUGGGGAGACAGUACUCAUGUUGAGAUACCCACGUAAUCAAGAGGAAUCUAAUCCCGUAAUCCAUGUCAAGAUGUGAUCUCAUCAGAGCAAGGUAGACAAUACUUAUCUUGAGGAUUCAAUUUGACAUUUCAUUUAUACCAUUGUCUUCAGAAAAUCAGGACUUUACUUGCGUCAUGGAGAUGUUUCUUCAUCUGUAAAUUUCCUGUUUUUUAUGUAAUGGCUGACUUUUAGAACUAAGCUUCUGUUAAUUGAGGAUCGAUUUGGAUCUUGAUUUAGCUACCAGCUGAUCCCAAAUUAAAAUAAAAGUCGAAAGUAAUAUGUCCU